UUCACACUCACCCAGACUCCUCGCCUCAGCUCAGCAUGUACUUCAGCUGACCGGACAGAGAGAGAGGGAGAGAGAGGAAGGAGGUUUCCGUCUUGGUGAGCGUGUAUAGACCAGAUGCAGACAACGGAACGAGUUUUUCCUUCCUCUCUGCCCUUUCCACACACUUUUGGAAGACUGCGAUUCUUGACAUCACAGCGCUGCUGAUGGUGCGCACUUGUGCGCGCUCCGCUCCGCUGCUGCUGCUUCUGCUGCACCCAAGCCUGUCCGUCCGCCGCUGCCCGUGGAGCAGACACACGCACGCACGAAGAGGGGAGAGAGCAGAAGCUGGUGUUAGCGGCUGUGGGGGUUACAGCUGAAGAAGAAACUGCCGGGAGGAACUUAAUGAAAUAAUUUAGUCCGGUGUUGGCUUAGACCCACGCCGCGUAUCGAGAUUUAUAACGCGCGUGGCGCAUCCAGCACUGGAUGGUUGACUUGAUUGGGGCUGUCAUCUGUGCAGAGUGAUGGCAGCUUCUCAGCAGCUCAUGUGAACGCGGGUGCACGUGUAAAUGACUUCUCUAGUCUCUUAUCUGACUCUUAACAAUGAUCGCCCAAGGUCAUGUUUCUGCGCGGCUCACUCGUCCAACUAUUGUGCAUCUUUUCUUCUGCGACCGUGACCUGAUUUACAGAUAACUUUCGUCUGUCAACAGCACACACACGCUGGCGGACUGGCUGUCAGAGAGCAGGAAUGACACUCGUGCGUUUUGUUGAUCGUCAUUAACAACUUUAAAGCCGAGACAAACCCUGGAUUAUGACUUGGAGUAAACUUUGCUCUGCGCUCCCGCCGAAGACCCAGUGAAGUGUCAGGUCUGAAUGCAGCGAAGUCGCGUCAGCGCACGAAGAUGUUAGGAAGUCCGUCCAACAACGGCGGCCUCAGAAUGCUGUCGCCCUCGGCUCCGAACGACGACCGGCGGGUCGAGUUCGUGGCUCUCACCGCUGUCCACACGGAGAGGAGCGAGCCGUCCACUCCGGAGCGCGGACACCCGUCUCACCGCACAGGUCUGCUGGGCACCCCGCUGCCGGGGCCACCGGGACCCCGGGCCAACUCCUCCACGUCCAGCAAGAGAGCGAGAAAGUUGCAAAACUGCCUGUACAACGUGCUGGAGAGGCCAAGAGGAUGGGCCUUCAUCUACCAUGCAUUCAUAUUUCUGCUGGUUUUCAGCUGCUUGGUGUUGUCUGUAUUCUCCACCAUCCCUGAACACCAGAAGUUUGCCAAUCAAGGCCUCUUCAUACUGGAGUUUGUCAUGAUUGUGGUGUUCGGUUCCGAGUACUUCAUCAGGAUCUGGGCGGCGGGCUGCUGCUGCCGAUACCGAGGAUGGCAGGGGCGGCUGAGAUUUGCCAGAAAGCCCUUCUGUGUCAUAGACUUGAUAGUAUUUGUGGCGUCACUGGCGGUGAUCGCUGCAGGAACGCAGGGCAACAUCUUUGCCACCUCAGCUUUGCGAAGCAUGCGCUUCCUGCAGAUUUUACGCAUGGUUCGUAUGGACCGGCGCGGAGGCACGUGGAAACUACUGGGCUCGGUGGUUUACGCUCACAGCAAGGAGUUGAUUACAGCUUGGUACAUCGGUUUCCUGGUGCUGAUCUUUGCCUCCUUCCUCGUCUACCUGGCAGAGAAAGACAACAACACAGACUUCAAUACCUAUGCAGACUCCCUCUGGUGGGGGACUAUCACUCUCACGACUAUUGGCUAUGGUGAUAAAACCCCUCGUACGUGGCAGGGACGACUCCUUGCUGCAGGCUUUGCUCUUCUUGGAGUCUCUUUCUUUGCUCUGCCUGCUGGAAUUCUAGGGUCAGGUUUUGCCCUGAAGGUUCAAGAGCAGCACCGACAGAAGCAUUUUGAGAAAAGGAGGAUGCCUGCUGCCAACCUGAUACAGGCUGCGUGGCGGCUCUACUCCACAGAUGCCAAACACUCCUAUCUCACGGCUACAUGGUACUUCUACGACAGCAUGCUGCCCUCGUUCAGAGAACUGACUCUACUGUUCAGUCACCUCCAGCGACAGCGCAAUACCAAGAAGGUUCUCCCCAACUCCUACCACACGCUGCUGUCUGGGCUGCGGCCCUACAGCUCCCCCUAUCUGUCGGGGGACAGUCAACUGCUCUCUAAAAAGCGGGGUUUCUUCCGGAUUCACGCCGGUCGCAAGCAGAGCGGUAAAAUGGGCUUCCGCGAUCGUAUCCGGAUGAACAAUUCCCGAUCGUCCCAAACCAUUCGAAACAAGGCGUCGCCACAGCCUCCGGGCUCCGGGGUCCGACGCUCUCCCAGCCAGGAGAACGUUCCAGAAGUCACCAGUCCAGGAAAGGUCCAGAAGAGCUGGAGCUUUAAUGACCGCACACGCUUUCGCACGUCGCUUCGCCUCAAGCCACGGCCCCCGGCUGAUGAGGGGCUUGGCGAGGACAGCGUGGAAGACAAACCAUAUUGUGAUGUGGCCAUGGAGGAGGUGAUCCCAGCUGUGAAGACACUUAUACGAGCUGUCAGGAUCUUGAAGUUCCUCGUGGCCAAGAGGAAGUUUAAAGAGACGCUGCGUCCCUACGAUGUGAAGGACGUCAUCGAGCAGUACUCUGCGGGACACCUGGACAUGCUGGGCCGCAUCAAGAGUCUACAGAUGCGGGUGGACCAGAUAAUCGGACGAGGAGCUGUUCAGUCCGAUAAGAAGACUCGCCCGGAAAAAGGAGAGAAGACUCCACCAGAACUGGAUCCACUAGAUGAGCUGAGCAUGAUGGGACGUGUAGUAAAGGUGGAGAAACAGGUACAGUCCAUAGAGAACAAGUUGGACCUUCUGCUCAAUUUCUACUCCCAGUGCCUAAAGAAAGGCUCCUCCCAGUUUACCCUGUCCUCCCUUCUGGACCCCGACCUCACGUCCGACUACCACAGCCCCACGGACCAAAGAGACCUGUUCCCCUCUGCAAACACACUCAACAUCUCCCAGUCCGACACCGGCAACCUGGACUGUCCGUGAGCUGAGAGGUCUGUGGGGUCAGUCUGAACAAAAAAAAAAACCCCCACAGUUCAUCUUCCUUUGGCUGAGUCCUCUCUCUGAGCAGCCACUCCCCUCACUCCCAUCUCAAAUCUACAUCCUCAUCCAUUUUUCUGAAUGAGUUUCCAUAGCUGAUACAGACUAAAGCUGACAGAGCCUCAGCCAAAGCUGCUCACCUGCCUCAGACCACUACAUGAGCAUGGAGAUGGAGAGGACACUUGAUUACUUGACUACUGAACCACAUUCACCCACUCACCUCAUGCUUAAUGUCUAUACUUACAUUGAAGCUGCGACUGUAGAUAAUCUGACUUUGAGUUUUAAAGUUUUGUAAACUUUUGGAGAAAAGUUUUCUCGUCAUUAUGUCAACCUUUUUUUUUUUUUUUUUUUUUUUUAAAGUGGCGAGCUUGAAUCAACUGACUUAACUGACGGUGACAUACCAGCCAUAGGAUAUAGCAUCACAAUUCUAUACUGUGGUGAAUGCGUUGAGAACAAAAUUGUACAUUCACACCUCGAGAGAAAAUUAAGAAAAGAAAAACCUCCACACAAUAGGGUCCUCACACUGUGUGUGUUUGUUCCCUGACCAGAGGAGCCGUCAACUCAGAAAUCAAUCUGCAGACUUGGACUCGGACACGCGACCCGGCCUGAGAGCCAAAUCUCACCAAAGCACCAAAUGUCCAUGGCACCCAAACAAAAGGAGUUUUUGAAAUGUGCAAAUCCCACGCUAAGCGUCUAAACUCGUCACACGAAAACAGCUCGGUGAGUGCGUUGGACUGACUGAUAUCUACUGUACAUUGUUGUUUGUUUGGACCUUCAAGCCCUUCCCUCAGAUGAAGUGUCUUCAACAAGCCCACAAGCAAAAAAAAAAAAAAGAAUGUUAGGAUUUAAUAGAGACAAAAGGUUUGAAAGGCGUUUGUUUUUUUGUCAUGCAGCCCCCUCUCAACUCUGUAGAGAAACCAUGGUUUCUGCACUGCUCCUUGCAGCUCACAUCAGGUGUCAGAUCAGGUCUGGACAGUCACUAACAACUUUUCCUAUGAGAGGGAUUCCUCUCACGUGUUACAUGCACUGCAGAAAACGGGAGUUUUUUUUUUUUUGAGCCUUAACUGUUUCACGACAGACGAGUCGAUCUCCGGUGUCACUGACUGUUGUUGCCAGUUUAAUGUACAGUCAAUGCUCUGUGCUCAUGGACAAAACUGGAGAGUGCAAACACAAACACACACACACACACACACACAGAUGAGUUUCUUUCACUUAAAUACUUCAGCACUUGACAAUAUUACCUUUUUUUUCUGCAAAUCAAAUUAUUAUUUUUCUGAUUUAUUUUUUAAUAAACUGUAAUUAUGUUCAUACACUUGAUUUUGAUAAUAG